UUUUAUUCGCGACCAGGGCGCUGCCGCGGCCGCUUCUCCCGACUCGCGCGGCCGCCUCGCUGGAUCCGCCGCUGCCGCUGCCUGCUGCUGCUGCCUCCGUCAAACGCUCGCUCUCCCGUUCCGCCGUGUUACUACUGCUGGCGGUGGUGCGGGACUCGCCUCUCAUCUCGCCUUCCCAUCCCCUCCGCCGCUGACACCCAUCAUCGGCAUCGAUCGCCCGGCGUUCUUCUUGUUCUCCGCUGUCCGCCCCGGACUUUCGCCGGACAGGCCUCCCGUGUCGUCGUGUGCCGCGCGGUGCGCGUCCGGAGACAGCGACGAGCGCAUCGUCGGCCCCGACGCUCGCUGUGCCGCGACGCAAGGGAGAAGCGCUGGAUACUUCGCCCCAAGGGGCGUGCGUCUGCUUGUCUCCGGCGGCGGCGGCAGGCCCAGCAGCGUGAGCGGAGGCGCGGCGCCGAAGCCGGCAUGCCCGUGAUCAGCCCGGGCCCCGACGAGGCGGCGGCGCAGGCCCUGGCGCCACCCAAGCUGUGCGCGGGCUGCGGCGCGCCCAUCGCCGACCGCUUCUACCUGCUGGCCGUCGAGAGGCAGUGGCACACGCACUGCCUGCGCUGCUGCCACUGCAAGCAACAGCUGGACUCCGAGCUCACCUGCUUCGCGAGAGACGGGAACAUCUACUGCAAGGAGGACUACUACAGGCUGUUCGCUGUGAAGCGCUGCGCACGCUGUCAGCAGGGCAUCUUCGCAUCGGAGCUAGUGAUGCGCGCCCGCGACCUGGUGUACCACCUGCACUGCUUCACGUGCGCCUGGUGCAACGCGGCGCUGGCCCAGGGCGACCACUUCGGCCUGCGCGACAACCUCGUUUACUGCCGCACCCACUUCGAGCUGCUGGCCGAAGGGUGCCAGCCGGGGCUGCCUCCUCCCCCUCCCCCGCCGCUGCUGCAGGACGACGACGGAGGCGGCAACGGGGGCACCGCCGGGGCCUGCAGCCCGCCACUGGCGCCGGGAGCCCCGUACGCGCCUCCGCAGGGACCGUACGGCGUGCGCAAGGGCCGGCCGCGAAAGCGCAAGCCCGGAGAACUGCCCGAGGGCCCGCCACACCUAGGGCUCCAGGACCUGGCCGGCCUGGACAGCAACGGCUCGUCCAUGCUGCAGCAGCAACAGCAGCAGCAACAACGCACAAAACGAAUGCGUACUUCGUUCAAGCAUCACCAGCUGAGGACCAUGAAGUCGUACUUCGCCAUCAAUCAGAAUCCCGAUGCCAAGGACCUCAAGCAGCUUGCCCAGAAGACGGGGCUCUCCAAGAGAGUUCUCCAGGUGUGGUUCCAGAACGCCCGGGCAAAGUGGCGGCGAAACAAUCUACGUCAGCAGGAGCAGCCCACAACUUCCCUUCCGGCAAGCAGUCCAGGAGGCACGAGCUCAUUUUCGGAACCCAGUCCCGGAGCUCCCCUGGACUACAGCAACGCUCAAACGACCCUCGUGGUUACAGCGUCGCAGGAGUCACUCGGAUCCUUCCAGGAGCUCUUUUGAUGGCACCGGGGCUAAAGUACCUAUUUAUUGACUGCAUCUGUCCUCAUCACGACAUCAUCACCUCGUCGACCCACGCGCCGGCAACAACAGCCGCGAAGAGACGCGCCCUUCCCUCAGCACCUCUGCAAAGUACUGUUCCAAAGGUCACACCGACGGACCUUGCGCGCCUCGACUGCGGCGUUCUCUGCCACACCUGGCAACCUCCUGUGGGACGCUCCCUUUUAUGUGUGUGCUCUUGGCCAAAUGCAUUUACUGCACUCUACGUCACGGGAACUCAUUCCUCGGACUGUGGUGGUUGUUCUCAAAGGACCGCAAAUGAUAUGUGCGGAAAACUAUGUGUGACUGAAGCUUUGAUGUGGAAGAGAGAGAGAGAGAAAAAAAAAGAAGAGAUAUUCAGAAAUCCCAUUACACGUAGUGUAUGUGCUCUGGGAAAGUCAGUAGGCUUUCCUUCGCUGAGAUUUCACUGUGAAGUGUACAAGUAUACCUGUGUUUUUUUUUUUUGUUCCAUAAAAAGAAAGUUGUACAUAUUUAUCACUUACAUAACGGAACUAUGCUCUGUGAAAAGGUAGAUUUAUUUUGAAAGAAUGCCGGUCUUCAAAUUUGUGUACGGUCUUCAGCUAGCGACUUUGGCGUAUGAUAUUAUGCAUGCGGCUUAAGAAGAGUCCCACGCAGUACGCCAUAGCGACACAUUAAACAUAUGGCCAAGCGCUUCUAAUAAUUGUUUAUUUAUUUUGGAGGAGCAAGAACUUUAGUAAAAUUUUGAUAUGUCAUCAGCAGGUGCAAGUCGCGCCGGAGGCUAUGAGCCUACGCAUGUCCUCAAUAUGGGGGUAUUGGUGGAUUUGAAAUCCGUCUAACUUAACGCAGUCAUUCGAUCGCUAGUAAGCCUCAUGCAUCCUGCCAUAUUUUGCUCUAGCUCUAUUUUGCACUGAAACAUUGCGAUGCAGACGCCGAAGGUUCUGUUUAUUUUUCUCACGCGUGCUUUCCAUUUAAAAUUAAUUUCCUAUUGUAUAAAAUAGGCGCACAACAAACGCAUUAGUGGCAUUUUUAUAACAAUGAGUGUGCAGUAUACACCAGCCGCUAGUUUUCUCCGCGGCCCAGAAUGUAGUAUCCACCGUGUUGUGUUUGAACAAUUAAUUUAAAACUGUAUGUCGUUACUCAGUGCAGCUCCUGAGAUGUUGAGAGUUAAUGGAAAGCACUUCGUACAGCGUCAGUCCAAUACCGAGCCAAACUCAGUCAAUGUUAGCAAAACCUUGACUGCUCUUUCUCUUUCUCUCUUUCUGGAAAAAAAAGGAUGACCGCUAUAUAUAGAAACCAGAGGAUAUUCCAGUAAGAUCUGCAAGGACAGGGUCACAUGCUGACGGUAUUAAGGUUUUAUAGACGUCCCGGAAACUAUCGUGAGUGAUGCAUGCUAGCAAGGCGACCCUCGCCAAAAGGAGCCGCCAAGUGAUGCAGAGACAUACAUUCCCCUGCCCUUUACACAGCCACACACAAAUGGACUACCGUCUUACUGGCAACACAGCGAGUCACAGUGCAACAUGCACCAGGUAUUCUCAGAAAGACGCCAUGAAGACAAUUCGAGAGAAUAGUCAACGCCGCAUGUCCAUAGCAUUGGUCUGUAGAAUACACAGUAUUAUAUACAAUGACAGCUAAAAUGUUCUUUUUUUUUUCAUUUCUAUCCUAACGCAUCUGGCCCUUCGAAUACAAAACAUUGGUGAAAAACGCUACCGUGUUUGGUUAUACACUUGGCGCAGUGAGAAUGAAAGCCCAAAAGGAGAAGACAACCGUGCUUUGGCUGCACGUAUAGGAAGACCUGUUAAUGGCCAAACGGGCACAUUUUUCAUCAUCAGAGCUUUUCUUCUUUUUUUAAAAAUCUUAUUCGACUGCCAUCUUUACAGCAAACAUAACGAUGAAAUGUUGGAUUUAGCAGAUGCGACUGUGACAUUCAGACCUCUAGACCAAAGAGGCGGCCGGUACAAUGCUUUUGCAUCCCGUUCACUUCACUGUAAAUAGCUCCACCCCCCCCCCCCCCCCCUUCAGUGUUGUCGUUUUCUGUUUGGUGUACCGCGCAUUUAGACAACUGUUCGUGUCAGAUGUCACCUUUGUACCGAGGGUUUCUCAGCGAAUACUUGAGGUGGUUCUUCAGAUGAAAGAAAUAAUUGGCAAAAUGUCGCUUCAGAGUGCUUUAUUACCACUGGGAGUCAUAUCGAACGUUGUCUCUCAACAUUCUGCUACACCCUUAAUCGUUUCAAUCACUGCACAGGAUGAAAUUUUUGGCUGAGUGACGAUAUCAUAGCCCGCGCGGGGCAUGUGGACAUGAGCAUGAGACAUGAGUGAUGAGCAGAAAGCCAGUUGUCUCCUCAUCUAGCUCUGGACUGGGUCUGCGCGUCACAUUGAAAGGCAGAGGCUGCCGCGCAGCCGCAUACCUAAGAGAGAACAUUUGCCAUGCAUAUUUUCGAUUUAAACGUCAUAACAACACAUCAAAUUACGUUUAUUCCUUCACAGCUUUGUUUUUUUUUCUGCAUUUUUUUUCUUGGCUCACGUUCGUUGGCUCCAGGGACAAAAACGAUUAUGGCUUCAUCCAAAGAGCAGUGAAUGCUUCAAACUGUGGUACGUCGAGCGACCAAAAAACGUCGCGUAAAAGUGGCGUUUACCAUACUAAAGCAAUCCUGUACGUCCAUCGAUACAUUGGUAUCAUUUGACGACCAGCUGAACCAUUCGGUAAAACGCCGUCUCUACGACGUGUAUGUGUAUAUAGUACUUACGUGUUGCUCGUCAGCAGUCUUGUUUCACGCAAGCUAUUACGAUUAUACUGCGCCGACAUGCUCAUGUGAAACGGUAUCUCACUGUAGCAAACUUGUUCAAACGAAUCGCGGGUAUGUUACUACAACAUUUAAUUUAGACUUUCAAGUCGGUUGUUCAGAAUCGCCUCGCAGAGAACCUCAUUGUUCUUGAAGGACAACGCGUCGAACCUUCGCAGUGGUGCAUUUAUGCCUAAACUCAUAACUCGCUGUCGGAAACAAAUAAUACUUUAGUUAGCUGCACUUUAGAUAAGCGCAGCAUGACGAAAUUAUCCGCGGAAAAGCCAUCAGGGGCCAAAUUUACAAAAGAAGCUCUUACGGUAAAAUUGUUCGUAACAAUAAAUUCCAGCCAAUCCUGUUUCUCGACCUAUUAUUAACGAGGGCAGCCGGUCAGUGGCGAAGACUUACGAACGCAAAGUUUCGUGAAAACUGCCCCAAAUGAACUUGACCUUCGAGCGCCGCGCACUUGAUGCGUCGCCUUCAAGCGCAUCCACGGAUCACAACGUUAGCGCCAAACCACAUCAUAUUUGUUCAACGCAUGCCUUUAGCGAAAUGUGCUCGUAAGGUUGCCACUGAUGGCUAAUAUACGCGUCGAUUGAAGUGUUGCGAAUGCUAAUAAAAUUACCUUAAAUUUUCCUAUUUCACUUGCGGUGAACAAAUCUGCUGACGAGCCGCUACAGCCGCAUGAAUUACCUCACUGGCCACUUGUGGUCUUUAUCCGGUCCUCGGUGUUCGCUAAUCCUAUCUGUGUGCCCGACAUCGUAUCUGGUGUGUGUGUGUGUAUGCGUGAUAAGGAACCCUGCGGAGUCAUGUCAAAGCAAAGAAGCGACUCCGCUGUACAGUGUGCGUGUUCCUGAAAGUAAAAACAUUGUCUUCGCGAUCCCUAUAUGAAACUGUUGCAAAGGUUGGUUUCCAGUGACACAUUCGCCACCAUUGUCAGUGUACAUAUCGUCAUCAUUCAACCUUCGCCUGUCAUAUCAAAACUGUCGAAAGUGACGGAAAAAUAAACCACCAGGCUGGCUCAACUCA